AUGGGACUUCCUUCCACUAUCGGAGGGCCAUCUUGUUCUGUUCCGCUAGUGCCAGAAGACCUGAAAUUUUCCUCCUCUUUUGCCUGGGGCAUCUUCGAUCUUAUUGUCUUCAGCCGCACUUUUCGGAACCAUGUGAAAAACCCUACCCGACAUCAUCUAGGGUUUUUAUUUUGGGGGAAUCUUCGCUACUGGAGAUCCAUCGACACGUUUUCUAUCGGGGACCUCUUUCCGAACAGAGACCCUUUUUCCAUCAUAGGGAUUCUUACGUCAUCGGUUUUGUAGCCUCCCUCGCCCAUUUUAAAUUAGUUAGUCAAUAAGCUUUCGCAUUAAGGGAUAUCUCUUAGUUUGGCUGGCUUAAAUUUUUGUUGUUAGCCGUUAGUAGAUCUAAUAAAAUGUAAUGAUGUUAA